AUUUUGAAGGAGCCAAAGCAUAGUGAAAUAAACCCCAGCCAAAGCGAGAAGAGGGGAUUUGAGUUUGAGGUUUGAGCCACCAUAGUGAAAUGGGUUUCACUUGUUGUUCUCUCGCUUCCCAGUUUGUCCCUCCUCUACGGUCUCUUCACCCAACCAAUCGCAAAUCUUCACCAUUCUCCGCUGCCAUCACUCCUCCUCCUUCAAGAAAACCAAUCUCAAUCUGCAUAGUAGCAGCAGCAAACUCAGCUUCUUCCACAGGCAAAGACAAGAAGAAGGAAGUUGACGAGGUCGUGGAAGUCGAGGAGGACCUACCAUGGAUUCAGGAAAAGGCUCUUGACCUGGUCGAGUUCACUGGCUCUGUCACCCAAGCCAUUCCUGGUCCUCGUGUGGGUCCCACCUCCUUCCCAUGGAUUCUCGCUGUUCCUCUCGCAUACGCCGGCCUCACCUUUGUCAUUGCCUUCGUCAAGACCGUCAGGAAAUUCACUUCUCCCAAAGCAAAACGCCGCCGACUGGUCAGUAAAAAUGCAACGCUCUGCAGGUCAAUUGAUGAUUUAUUUCAAAAAGGAAGAGAUCAAGUCACACUUGAUGCUCUCAACGAAAUUGUGAAUAAGACGGGUUUUGAGUUGGAAGAAAUUUUGCGCAAGUAUAUCCGGUAUACUCUGAAUGAGAAACCAUUCAACCCUGACACGGUAGCUGAUUUAAUUCAGCUAAGGAGAGCGUCUAUGUUAAACGACUCUGAUGUUGCUAGGAUCCUGAAUGAAAUUUCCCUACGAAUUGUGGGAGACAAAGGUCCUGUUGUAAUGGAUAAAUCAGGUUACACUGAAAAGGGUUUCAAGAGAAAACUAGCUGUUCAGACUCUUUUUGGGAAGGUCUUCUAUCUAUCCGAGCUGCCGGAGUUUUGUUCAAGAGAUAGCUCCUUAGUUGUCAAGGAAACCUUCGGAGUUACAGAUGAAGAUGCUGACAAACUGAGAAUACACACAAUCUCUGAUGCGGGCAAUUUUGAUGCACUUGAGAAGAUGAUGGACAAUUCAGAUUCAGAAGAUUCUAGUGAGGCUUCAUUUGAUGCUUCUUGAUACAAAUCAUGCUCCAGGUUUUUGCAGGCGAAUAGGUUAAAAGGUGACUUGGUACUGCAAGUUCCACAACACCAUAAUCCUCAUCAAUAGGGGAAAAAGUCCAAAGGACAGAGCAGGUUUUUGGAUUUAACUUGACAUACUUUUUUUUUAAGGUACAGCGUAGGCACUUAAAAUAUUUAAGAUCCCAGAUUAAUUUUUAUCUCAUAUGGUUCAAUUUUUAGCAGCAUUAAUGUUGAUGUGCAGAAUUUGAAUUAGACAAAAGUUUUGCGGAGACAAAUUUGGGAAUAGAUGUAGAGUGAAAUUUUCCGUGUAGGACCACAUGUUGCCUCCACGAAUGUGUAUGUUCAUUUGGGUUUGUAUUUGACAUAGGAGUCAAUUUCUUC